AUGCCGUUCGCGCCAAUCUCUCCUGGUGGUCGCAGAGUGGAGCCAGUCUCUCCAGGAGGUCGGAAAGUGGAUCCGCAGCCAUACUACCAAUGGCUGUUUGAGCGACGGCGAAGUGGCGAGCCGGGCCCAUGGGCUGCAACGGCUACACACUUUCCACCACAGCCAUGGCCAUCUACGCCUCCACCAAUGGGCCGUACCGCUUCUGCGCCUGCUGAUUUGCAUAUGGGCCAGCCAAGUCCCACGGGUGUAGGGUCGGUCCUUCUCUCACCACUUUCUGACGCAGCCUCUUUCUUGGCAAAAGCUGCCGACCUGAGCUUGAAGCGGAAGGAUGUGGCACAUGCUCUUUAUUGCUGCAAUCAGGCUGUGUCGCUUGGCCCCGACUGUGGUCCUGCAUGGAGACACCGAGCAUUUGCCAAGAUUCAAGCAGGCCAGGCUGAAGCAGCAGUCGAGGAUGCUUCAGCAGCUGUGGAAGCUGAGCCUUUCAACGUGCACGGCUGGGAAGCCCGAACGGCUGCAAAGUUCGGAAGUGGUGAUUAUGAAGGAGCCGUACAGGACGCAGCUCAUGCAAUCUCGUUGGACGGUUGGCGUCCAAGUCUCUGGAGAAGGAAAGCCUUGGCGCGAGUUAUGCUCCAGGAGUAUGGAGGCGCUAAGGACGACCUUGACAAGGCCUUGCAGCUAGAUCCGAAGCACGCCGCCAGCUGGAGGAAUCGUGGAGCCGUGAGGUUGGCCAUGCGGGACGAGCAAGGUGCUGAGACAGAUGCGUCGCGUGCAGUCAAGCUGCACCCGACAAUAGACAGCUACCUUCAACGCGCAAAGAUCAGGUUGGAACGUAGAAACUAUGCCGACGCGAUAAAGGAUUGUUCUGCAGCUCUGAGGAGAGACCGGCACCAGGCCGAUGCACUGUACUUGCGGGCACUUGCCCGAGGACAUACUGAUCUGGAUGGAGCAGUUGCUGAUCUGAGCAAGGCCAUCUCAUGUGAUCCUCAAGAUGCGGAGGCUUGGAGGCUCCGUGCAGAGCUCCAGCUACAAAGAGGCAAGUACGAAGAAGUGAUUGUGGACAGCACCGAGGCCAUCCGCCUUGACGGAGCAUCACCCAACACUCUGUGCGUUCGUGGGCAAGCUCACUUUCGAAAAGGAGCCUUCCACAGUGCUGCCAGUGAUUUCGAGGAAGCCUUGCAAGCUGACCCUGCUAGUGAAACAGCUGCCAGAAUGCUCGAGAGGGCCAAACAGUCACUGAAGCAGCUGGAAGCGUGGAAAUUUCCAGCCUUUGCUGGCAGCAUACAUUCCUUCGUUGAUUCGGUGCACAGCGCGCAGCUGCUCCUGAAAGGCUCCUAG